CCACAGCACACAGUUAUCGUAGGUAAAUGUACCAGCUUUGAACAACAUCUGAUGUUCUUUGUCAGAAUCACAUUCUGACCAGAAAAAGUUGUAUCAAUGAAGCUGUUAAUUUUAUCAACCUUAUCUGUGGCUGUCUUUGCUUUUUUGCUGGAAAGUCUGGAUAUUAAAGUCAAAAAAGGAAAAGAUGCCACCCUGGAGUGUCAUGGUCGCAGUGAUGCUGCCAUCAUAUUAUUAAAAUGGAAGAAUCCUUCUGUGCACUCAGACUAUUAUGUGUUCUACUACAGUGAUGAACAAGUUCAGGAAGACAAGCAGGAUGACUUGUUUAAAGGUCGAGUGCAGCUCAGAGAUCCAGAGAUGAAGGAUGGAGACCUCUCUGUGAUUCUCAAAAAGGUUUCUAUGAAUGAUACUGGAACAUAUGAAUGUUACGCUGGAUAUGACAAACAGAAACCUCAGUUAAUGAACAGCAUCAACCUGACAGUUGAAGAACCAGGUUUAGGAGGACAAAGUGGGGAUGGAGGGAACGAGGAUGGAGGAGAGAAAAGUGGUUCUGUUGGUCUCAACGUUGGUCUGUCAGUUUCUGUUGUGCUUGUUGUUGUUGUUGUUUUUGGUUUUAUGUUCUACAGACAACGUGAAAAGCAAAGAUUAAAGAUUAUCAGCAUCUUGCAGGUUCUUCAAAUGCCUCCAGCAACUUCAGUUCAUAGUGAAAAUUAAAUGUGAGAUGGAGUCAAAGUGGCAUUUGGCAGCAACACUAAGAUCUGGUUUUCUUGUGAUUAUCUGAUCUCACAGCUCAUCAUACCAGCAAAUGUUCUCAUUCAUUAAUAAUUAUGAACCCAGAUCUGUUUCUGUGUUCAUAUGAUUAUUUUAUU